AUGGACACCUCCAACGUAUCUUACGCUUCUUCGAUCGCUGCUGCCGUGGUGGAUCCUGAACGCGAACUCUCUGCUCGUAUAACCUCUCUCAUUGACCGCAUUAAAACCUUACCUGGUGGGGCGAUCCUCAUUCGGUACAUCCAAUCUUCAUACCAAGAUGACCCGAUCCGAACCGUGAUUGAGAUCUUCUUGAUGUUGUUUGCUGUCCGUUAUUUCUUUUCCAAAAAGACUUCUCCUGACUCCAAGGAAGCAGUGCCUUUAUCAGAAAAGGAAAUUGAUGAAUUGUGCAAGCAAUGGAAACCAAGACCUCUUGCGGAACCAGUCACUGAGGCCGAACUCUACAAGUUGAAGAAGAUCCCAGUAUUGGCUGGGGCCGUGGAUAAGAAGAUCACGAUUUCUGGUGAAAACUACUUGGACUACAACAGACAGUUUGCGCCUGAAAAAAGAUACGACGUCGAAGGGAUUGAGUGUCCUGAACCACCACUUGAAGAUGUUUUGAACUUGGCGAGCCUUGAUUUCUUGAACUUGUCUCAUGACCCGCGUCUUUUGGAAAUCGCCGCCAAUAUCAUCAAGAACCAUGGGGUCGGCGCCUGUGGGCCUCCGGGGUUCUUUGGGAACCAGGAUGUGCACAUCAGAUUGGAACAACGCUUGGCUGAAUGGUACGGUGUGGAUUCUGCAAUUGUUUACGGACAAGACUACUGUACCCCAAUUUCGAUUCUCCCAACAUUUUUGAAGCGUGGUGAUAUUGCGAUUGUCGACGCUGGCUGUAGUUUGGCCAUUCAAAAGGGGCUCCUAUUAUCUCGUUGUCAAGUGGUUUACUUCGAACAUAGAAACUACGAGCACUUGGCCAACACUCUUGAAGAACUCCAGGAAGAACUUCAAGAUAUUAAACCGCUCAACAGAAGAGUCAUUGUCAGUGAAGGGUUAUUUGCCAACACCGGUGAUUUCGCCGAUGUGCCAAAAUUGGUGGAAAUCAAAAAGAAGUACAAGUUCAGAUUAUUUUUGGAUGAGAGUUUGUCGGUAGGCUCAAUUGGACCUCAUGGACGUGGGGUUGCCGAUUAUUAUGGAGUGCCUGCGUCUGAUAUCGAUAUCUUGACCGGCUCGUUAGCUAACUCUCUUGCCUCUAGUGGUGGAUUCUGUGUUGGUGAAAAGCCUAUGAUAUUUUACCAAAGAAUUGCUUCAGCAGCCUACUGUUUUAGUGCCUCUUUGGCCCCAUACAGUGUCCGGGUGGCCAAUGAGGUGAUCGACAUGUUGGAACAAAACGAGGGUAAAAAAGAUUCACCUUUGGGUCUUUUAAACAAGAACUCUGCUUUGCUUCAUGGUAAAUUUUCUAAAAAUAGAAAGAUCUCGAAAUACCUUGAUGUGGUGAGUGAGUCUGGAUCACCAGUUGUCAUACUUGAGUUUAACAAGGCUAUCAAGAACAAACUCGGGUUCUACCAAUAUUAUUACAAUGAAAAUAACAAGACCGCUCAAGCCCAUGAAAAGGGAAUGAGACUGUUUGAACAAAGUGGUACUGCUGCUGCCGCUAAGCCAUCGAGCAAAAAAGUUUCUGAGUCGAAGAAGAGUUUCGAACGUGUUGAUUAUUAUUCAGAUGAGGCUGUCGCUAAAAUGAAAUCUGAAGCAUCCCAAAAGGCGAUUGCAGAAAGCAAAAAGAAAUCACAGGCGGAUAUUCACAACCUCGAAGAGUUUUUGAUUUCCAAGAUCGUCAACAAAUUGAUGUUGGAAGACAAAAUGUUAAUUGGCACUUCCCAAAGAUUGUUGAAAAUGGAAGUGUUCAGAGUUCGCCCAGUGUUCAAGAUUUGCUUGUCUUCUGACUUAUCAACCAAGGAAAUUGACUCGGUAGUGGAAAAGCUUGCCAACCAGGUUGCUGGGGUAGUUGACAAUAUAAAAUGUCUUGAAGAUGUUGAAAAAUUGAAUUCUGUCAAGCCAUUAUAG